ACUGAUGCUCAGAGGAUGGACAUCAUAGUUCUCCCUCUCUGGACACCUGGUCAUUUCCAGUUGUGUGUACUGAAGCCACCUAAAAGAGAAAUCCUCUUUCUUGACCCAUUAUACACAAAGGCAGGAUUUGGUGGCCAACAAUAUGUUUCACUUUUGAGGAAUCUUGCAGUGAAGCUCAUUCCCGGGCAGUGGUCAGAAAAAAAGAGCUUUGACUUGAAGGGUUUUUCAAGCCAAGACUAUGGAGUUGACUGUGGGAUCUUCAUGCUGAUGUCUGCUCUGUACGUGGCACUGGAUGCACCAUUUGACUAUACUAUAUCAGACAUGCCCUACUUGCGUAAAUGGUGGUGCUUGCUGUUGAUGGAGAACUUUGAUCUCAGGAGCUCUGGCAAGCUAUUUGCACACUGGAGAGAGGAAGCCAAAGCUGUGCUUGAAGGAAAACACGUGCCCAUUUUCAGACUGAAAAAGCAAGAGUUCCAGGAAGUCAGUCAGGAGGAAGCAGUUGUUGAAGAUCUGCGUCCUGCUGUGCAGUGGGUUGUCCAAAAUAAGGCACUUUUCCGUGGACACGUAACAAUGCCAAAAUAUCUGUCCUUAAAUCAAGGGGACCAGCAGAAGGUCUUAAAAGACAUGUCAGAGGAAGAAGACACUGGAGCAAGGGACUUGUUCCUCUUUGUUUUUCAGUUUGCAGAGGACAUGGAGCUCUUUUUGAAAGCAUGUGCUGAUGAGCAGGGACUAAGGGUCAGUGCUAUGUUUGACAUGUAAUGGACAAAUGAAGGCACUGGCUGUGUUUGCUUGUUUGUUUAAUAUGUUGUUGUUGUUGUUUUUUGUUUUGUUUUUGCAUAGUACAAAAUUCCAAUUAAACUUAUUUCAAAAUGUUGUUCACUUGA